UAUCUAGAUACAAAAUUAAAAAAAUGUAUCAAAUAAAUGAAAAACAAUAAUAUUAAAACAAAAUGAGAGAUAAACAACGCAAAAAAAGGAAAGAGUGAAUGAGAUGACAUGAGGGAUUAUGAAUGAAUGGAGAGAUGGUUGAUGUAAAAGUUGAACUUAAGUUAACAAGAGAAUCAAUAAAUAAAAAAGACUACAAAGCUGCAUUGGUUCACUGCAAAAAUAUUUUGAAACAUGACAAGGAGAAUUAUAAUGCUUUGGUCUUUUUUGGUGUUAGUGCUACAGAGUUAAAAGAGUUUGAACAAGCAAGAAAAGCUUAUGAUAAAGCUAUUACUAUUAAUGACAAAUUACCACUUGCUUGGCAGGGUUUGAGUUCUUGUCUGGAGAAAUCACAAAAUGCUGAGUGGAAGCAAGCAUUGAUUGACUCAUAUUUUGUACUUUUAAAUAAUCAUAUUAGUGAAAAUCAAAAGUGGAUUGAAACAUGUUGCAAACUUUGUGAUGUUUUGAAAGAUUUAAAUAGGUUGGAAGAGGCUGUUGAAUGGAUCAAAAAGAUAGUUCAAAAAUGUUCAAAUGUGAAUGAUGUUGUGGCGUAUUGGCAUAACAUAAUUAAAAUUAUUAGUGAUAUAGGGUUAGCAACUGGAUUUUCCAAGAACUAUAUUAGUGAGAUUAUGAAUGCUUACCAACAUCUAUUUGAACUAUCUGAUAUUCCAGUAGAUGUAAUGGAAAAUACUUGUGCAAAUUAUUUGGAUUUUUUAACUAAAGUUGAUGUUGAAGUAUCUUUAUCUAAUAUAAUAAUGCAAACAAAAAAGUUUCAUCACAAGUUUCCAAACAAUACCAAAAUAUUUGAGUUUCUCUUCAAAUUUUUGUUAUAUGAGAAUUUAGAAAAUUCAUUUGAUUUAAAAUCGCAAAAUUUCGAAAAUUUUGAGUUUCAUGCGGAAAGGGCAAAUCCUGAAACAAAAUGUUUAGUUUUUGCUGUGACUGAAUUUGCUGGGGGAAAUGUUCAAGCUGCCAUGAAGCUUCUUUUGGAUUCUGCCUAUACUAUUAACAGCCCACUUUUAUGGUACUAUGUUUGCAUUGGUCAACAGAAGUUACACCAGAAUGCUACAAUAUCAAAGAGUAUUGGAAAUUGUUAUAGUGCUUUAUCUCAAGUUUCAUUCCAGGAGAUAAAAGUUACUGUUAAAAAAAUGUUAUUUGAAAUAGAAGCAGAGUUAUACCUGGAGCAAGAGUCACUCAAUGAAAUUUAUUCUAAAGAAAUUCUUGAAAAGACCUGCAAUCUUCAGCUCAAUAAUUACCAGAUAAUUGUAAAAGCACAUAUUUAUUUCCAACUUGGUAAUCAACAAAAGUGUAAUGAAAUUUUGGACGGUUUGGAUAAAAACAUGUUUGACGUAAAAACCAACAGCAGAUACUUGUAUUUAAAGGCAUGCAUAAGCAUUAAUGAAAAUAAACUUUUAGAUGCAGAAUUAAGAUUGUAUGAAGCUCUUGGUCUUUUUGCUAAUUCUAAAUGUCAUUAUACUCUUGCGAAGGUGUAUUGGAAGCUUGGAAAAAGUGAACAUCAGUAUUUCCCUAAAGCCUAUUCUAGUUUAAUGAAGGCAGCCAUGCUUGAUUCAUACUUUGCAUCUACAUUUGUUUACCUUGGAAUAUAUCAACGAGAUUUUGUCAAAGAUAAAAUGAAAGCUUUAAAGUGCUUUGAAAAAGCUUUCACUUUAAAUCGCUCUCAUAAAGAAGCUGGAGGCAACCUAAGUGAUUUGUAUUUGGAACUUGAGAUGGAGGAAAAAGCAAUAAAUGUAUAUGAAACUGUUAUAUCCAAUGGAGAAACUGGACAGAUCAGCUGGGCGUGUGUGAGAUGUGGUCUUAUUUACUUAAAGUUAAAGAAUUUUGAUAAAGCUAUAAUAUGCUUCCAAAAAGCCUUAAGAGAGCAAUCAAAUAUAAGCCAUUAUUGGGAAUGUCUUGCAGAAGCUUAUUUUAACAAAGGGAGUUAUAUAUCUGCUUUAAAGUCAUUCAAAAAGUCACUUCAGUUAGACGAGUCUUCUGUAUACUCGAAGUACAUGGUUGCCAAAGUAAAUCAAAUGUUGAGUAUGUAUAAGGAAGCAGUUACUGCAUAUAAAGAGUUGCUUGAGAGUCAUCCUGAUUAUGUUCCUGCUCUUUUAGGCCUUGGAUUAACCUAUUUUCAUUUGGAAGAAGCUAUGCUGAGGAAUACCUUUGAUGGACAAGCUGUUCAAUAUGCUCAAAAUGUUGUUGACACUAUAUCUACUGCACUAAAGAAACAACCACAUUAUAGUUGUUUAUGGAAGACUGUAGGGGAUGCUCUUUCAGCAUUGUAUUUAGUAAAAGAAGAAAGGUGCAAGCUAGUUAUUCCAGAGUUUAUCCAAAAGAUGCUUGUUAUUAUGAUCAGUGAUCAUGCAACUAAGAAAGAUGUUCUCAUGAUUGCUAAAAGGUGUUAUGCUGCAGCAGUGAAAUUGCGUGAAGAUUGUGCAAGUUACUGGCAUGACUUGGCUAUCAUUACACAUCGUUAUUUUAUUUAUGUAGGUGAGCAAGAAAGCAACGAUGGUGUACAACAAAGUUUAGAUAUAGUAAAAAAAGCUUUAAGUCUUGAUCCCAAUAAUUCUACAAUUUGGAACACACUCGGUGUCAUCACAGGUUUUUCUGGUAAUGUUCAGAAAGUAUGUGGAUAUGCAAUUGAUGAUAAACAUAAUGCUGGCUUAAGUCAGCAUGCUUUUAUCAAAUCGUUGCAGUUAAACGAUCAGGAUGCAAUUGUUUGGGCAAACCUUGGAGUUUUAUAUCUAAAGCAUGAUAAAGUUCAAGCUGCUCAUGAAGCGUUCAAGCGCGCACAGGCUACUGAUCCCUCACUUCCACAAGCUUGGAUUGGACAAGCUUGCAUAGCAGAAACUAUUGCCGAUACUGACGCCAUGGAUUUGUUUAGGCAUGCACUUGAACUCAAGUUUCAUUGUGAAGCUGCUACAGCAUAUGGGCAGUCUGUCAUUCAGUUAUUGGAGAGCAAUAAAGAAAAGUCUAUCUUAUUGAGUACUUUUCCAAAACCUGAUUUAUCUCAUCUUUCUUUUUAUAUGCGCAAAGUUGUAUCUAAUGCUUCUGUUGCUUUAAUGAAGUAUACAGAUCGUAUUCAACACAAUGCAUUUGCUUUUAAUACCCUGGGUUUGUUACUUGAGCAAGAGUGUUUAUUUAAGCAAGCAGAAGAAGCGUAUUCAAGAGCACGUUUGUGUUCAAAUGAACCCACAUCAAAUGACCAAUCAGAACAACUAAGAAAUGUUUUACUAAAUCAAGCUCGAGUUCUCUGCAAUCUAUUGAAAUUUGAAGAUGCAAUAGAAAUAUACAAAAUUUGCAGCUUAAACUCUUCCUUAGAGCUGUGCCAGCUUGCUUAUGCUUACUACGCAACUUCUAAAUGGAAGGAGAGUGUUGAAACAUAUGAAAAAGCAUUAUUACUGUCAACAAAUAGCUAUGAAAAGGCAUGCAUACAUACUGCUCUUGGACAAGUAUUUUAUUUACUAAAAGAUGUUGAAACAGCGAAAUCACAGUUUUUAAAAAGCAUUCAGGUUGAUAACUCAUGUGAGUUUGGUGUAAUGGCACUUGCCUCGCUUGGUUUGCUUCUUGGUGAUGCAACUCUUGCAACAGUUUCUAUUUCUGAACUCUCAAAGCAUAAACAAGAUAGUGAGAAGUUUGAAAUCAAGAAAACAUUAUUAAUGUCUACUUUUUAUAUAUUCCAGGGGCAACUAAUUCCUGCUCAACGUCAAAUUUCUCGAGCAAUAAUUCGUUAUCCAAUGAACUCACUCUUAUGGUGUUCUCUGUCAACAUUUUUGAUCCAGCAUUAUCCCAGUAAAACUUUACUUGCAGAGCAAUGUUCAAAAAUAACAGAAAAUUUACCUCCUACUCAUAUGUCUUCGAUGUUGCAAGCUUUGGUUUCACUUGUUUUUCCGCGCAAUAAUGAUUCAUUAAAUGCAGUAAAAAGAUAUGUCCACAGCUACCCCCAUCAACCAGAGAGCUGGGCGUUGUUAGCUUCAACUUGUUUUUCACAUUGUGCGUCAUAUGAAAGUUAUAAUCACAAAAAGUUAGUUACAGGGUUAGCGCAUCUUGCAUUAACUAAAGUGGAUGAAAUAAAUCAAUCAAUGCAAUUAAAAACGAUCCAUAAUCGUUUGGAUGAAACUAAAAUGCGUGCAACUAUGACGAGACUAUACUAUUGGUUAAUGAAACUUUUUGUCGUCUCGCAUAUAUAUUAUGGUGAUGUUUUGCUCGCGCAGUCAUUCUGCAACCAAGUAAUAUCCUCUAUAAGUAAUGAUAAAAAUCUUUCUGAAGAUUUUAUAUUUUUAAAAGGUGUGAGUCUGUUGCAAGUAAAGCCAGGAAGCGACAACCAAUCUGGUUUAGAAAAUAUACGCUACUUGUCGACAAUUACGCAAAAUGCUGAACUGUGGCGGUGGAAAUUUCUUUCACAUUUGUACAAAUUUUAUCGAAUGCCGCUUGGGGCCGAGUUAUGCUACCAUGAAAUCAUCAAACUUAAUUUACGACACAACUGUUCAAACUUGUCAACUUUUCUUAACAUGUGUUUGCUUGCUCUUCAGACGUUUUAUAUUUCUAAAGAUAUUGAUUGGUUGAAUCGUGCUCAGCAAACUGUUGAUGAGCUGCUAAAGCUUACCGAAGUUGAUCCACAUGUAAUUUUCUCUCGAGCAAUGCUUUUCUACCUGCAGGGCAAUAAGAAGGCCGCAUUAAAGUAUGUGCAAAAGUUGACGUCCAUUGAAGACAAGUUUAUAAAAGAAACGCAACAACGCCUGUCGGUUGUGUGGAGUUAAUAUUUUUGUAUCAUAUGCAGUUCUUUAUUCGGUUUUUAAUAAUAAAAUGGCUUUAUAUUUUUGUAAAAUAAAAAAUUAGAAUCCUUGAUAAGAGGAGUUUGAUUUAACAUAAAUUGAUAUGAUAAUAUUUUUUAUUAACAA